AUGCAUUCCGUAUGCCCAACACAGAGUGAGCCAGAUCUGGCCAGUCACAGAUACCACCCCGACCACAAGGGUCCACUCGAGGCCACAGAGGGCUCACAAAAGAAGCCACAAAAUGAAAAGGCUUUCACAGAUCUGAGGGUUGGAUUCAAGGUGGGGGAUAUGUGGGAAUGGGUUGUGGAGGGGGCUGGUGGUGUAGAUUGGAUAGAUAGAUGUGGUUUGUUGAGAUGGCUAAAGUACACAACUCGUAUUAGGUAUGGAGAUGUAGCUAUUGCGCCGGCUGUUCCUUCUCAGACCCACCACAUAAAUGUGGUGAGGUUCUUAGGUCUUUGUCGGAAAGAAGACAAACCUGUUCUGGUUUUUGAGUACAUUUCCAAUGGCACACUUUUUGAGCACAUUCAUAAACUAAAACCAACUGCACUACUACUUUCAUUGGAGUUACGACUCAAGAUAGCGUCAGAAACAUCUGGAGCACUAGCUUACUUACACUCGUUCACUCCUGCACCGAUCAUACACCAAUGUUUGGCGACGAAAUAUAUACUCUUGGAUGAUCAUUACAAGGCAAAGUUGUCUGCCAUUGGACAGUCACGAUUGUUCAAUGAACCUUAUUUGAGUUCAGAUUAUAUUAGCUCAAUUUCAAAGGAAGGAUACUUUGACCCUCAUUUUCGAAAAGAAGGACUAGCAGAAAAGAGUGACGUCUAUAGCUUUGGAGUUGUCCUAGCGGAGCUACUAACAAGUCAAAAGCCAGUUUCACCUCCUGGGACUAGUGCUGUGAACCUAGCAAGCUUAUUUCGAACUUCAGUGGAAGAGGGUCGCUUGGACCAAAUUCUUGAUGCUCAAAUAAUAGUCAAUGAAGCAACUUCAGAGACGGCCAAAAAGGUGGCGGAUCUGGCAAAAAGAUGUUUGGGGUUACAAAGGAAGGCAAGGCCUUCCAUGGAACAAGUAGCCGUGGAGCUUGAGGGAUUGCGCAAGUUUAUGGCAGAGUAUCAAAGGGGAGAAGACGUAGAACCCAGUUUCUCUUGA